AUGGCCUCUGUGCCCUCCGCUGGCUGUCUCCUGGCCAAAAACCAGUACUACAGAAGAAGACUGAACUCGGAAUCCAGUGUUUCUUCCAGCUCCUCCUGCUGUUCAGAUGCUGUGAACAUUACAGACCAGAACAAAGCAUUUCAUGGGUUACCUGAGGUAAUUGAUAAAUAUUGGUGGAUAAAAAGCUUUUUCCAUAGUGAAUCAUCUCCACCAACUGUUGGCAGAAAAACACUAUCAGCAAGCAG